AUGCAGGCUCCCAUGAUAUAUCUCGAUCAUGACUACAUGAACACGGCCGAGUCCAAAGUCUGCCCUUACAACCCUUCCAGCAUCAUCCAGAUCGUCAGCCACCUUACGAAAACCUUUGAAAACCUUGUUCAGAGCCUCGAGAAAUCCGCCGCUUGGAUCUUCGGCGGUUGGUGUGCAUUCCUCAUCCUCCUCCUUGUGUACCCUUUCGUGCUCAAGCACGUCGGGGUCAAGCUAGACUCAAACCACGUACUCAACACGCUCGUGGACCUAAAACACGGCCACUCAUCCACCCCUAGACCGGUGCCGCACAAGUCCCCGGCCUAA